CGGAGCAAAAACAAACAAACGGAGGAGCAGCUGAACUCAGGAGCAACUGUAAACACACACAAUCUCAGCCUCACGCUGGCGAAUCGCAACGGCAGCAACAACAACAGAGGAGGAGGAGGUGGCGACGCUGGGGGCGGGGCAGCUGUGGCCGCUGCUGCCCGAAAUAACAACAACAACGCUAACAACAACAACAAUGGAGGAGGAGGCGGAGGAACGGCUGCAGUCGGCGCUGGCGCCGAAGGAGCAGGCGCCGGAGGAGCAGCAGCCAACGAAUGGAACCCAGAGGAAAUUGAUCGCUACAGCUUCGACGACUCGAUCCGCUUCGAGGAGGACUCCCUGUGCAGCUGGAGCUCCGAGCCCGAAUCGCUGUGCAACAACUGGCGCGGCUGGAAGAAGCCCGCUGCGGGCAGCGGUGCUGGCAGCGGCGGUCUGAGCGGCUUGGGAAUAGGAGGAGCGGUGGCUGGCGGUAGCACAGGAGCCCCUCCGUUCGGAGCAGGUGCCUCCUCCGGUUCAUGUACACCGGGCGGCAGUGCAGCGGCAAUGGCCAACACAUCCACCUGCGGCAGAUAUUAUGAAGUUUCCACAUUGGCCGAACUGGCAGCACGUUGUGUGGCCUCCUACAUACCGUUCGAGCUGGUGGAGCACGUGUAUCCGCCGGUGCCGGAGCAGUUGCAGCUGCGCAUUGCUUUCUGGAGCUUUCCGGACAACGAGGAGGACAUCCGGUUGUAUUCCUGCCUGGCCAACAGUUCAGCAGACGAGUUCAAUCGCGGCGACUCGUUGUUUCGGCUGCGAGCUGUCAAGGAUCCGCUGCAAAUAGGCUUUCACCUGUCGGCCAGCGUGGUCAGUCAGACGCCACGUGCAUACUUCAAUGUGGCCGUUACCUUUGACCGUCGUCGCAUCUCGUCUUGCAACUGCACCUGCACCUCGUCCGCCUACUGGUGCUCCCACGUGGUCGCCGUUUGUCUGCAUCGCAUUCAUUGCCCACAGGAAGUUUGUCUGCGGGCUCCCGUGUCCGAGUCGUUGACCCGGCUGCAACGCGACCAGCUGCAGAAGUUCGCCCAGUAUCUGAUCAGCGAGCUGCCCCAGCAGAUCCUGCCGACAGCCCAGCGGCUCCUGGACGAGCUGCUUAGUGCCCAGCCCACGGCCAUUAACACGGUGUGCGGUGCGCCCGAUCCAACGGCUGGGGCCUCGAUCAACGACCAGACCAGCUGGUACUUGGACGAGAAGACGCUGCAUAACAACAUUAAACGGAUCCUCAUUAAGUUCUGUUUGCCCGCCCCGAUUGUGUUUAGCGAUGUGAACUAUCUGACAAACUCGGCUCCCCCGGCGGCGGCCGAGUGGAGUUCCCUACUGCGACCGCUGCGAGGUCGCGAACCGGAGGGCAUGUGGAAUCUGCUCUCGAUCGUACGCGAGAUGUACAGGCGAUGCGAUCGGAACGCAGUGCGUCUGCUGGAGAUCAUCACGGAGGAGUGCAUGGUCUGCGACCAGAUACUGAUCUGGUGGUUCCAGACGAAGCUGGCGCUAAUGAUGGGCUCCCACGGCCAUUCGGGCGGCAAGCACUCGAACACGCACUCCAACUCGACGGCUCUGCAGCAUGCGUGCAGCUCGCUGUGCGACGAGAUCGUGGCCCUGUGGCGGCUGGCAGCGCUCAAUCCCGGCCUGGCGCCGGAUGAGCGGGACAUGCUGCACGCCCAGUUCACGGCCUGGCAUCUAAAGAUACUUGACAGGGUGGUCAAGAGCCGGAUGAUGCCGUCGUCCUACACCAACAAGCACCAGCAGAACUCGCGAUCCGAGACGGAACUGUUCAUAGGGUUCAAGCCGGCCAUAGAGGCGUGCUACUUGGACUGGGAGGGCUACCCCAUUCCGGGGGUGACGCACACCCACGACACGAAUCCCAUCUACUACUCGCCGUUCACCUGCUUCAAGCACACGGAUCUCAAGGGCGAGUCCAACAAUCCCGGCCAGCUGAACGCCACCCAGGCGCUGAUGACGAACAACAAGCACUACAAUUACUUUAGUGCCUCCAGCGAUCAUGGCAUGCACGCUGGUGUAUUCAAGCAGAGAUUGGACAGACCCUUUCGGGAGUCGCGAUUCUAUACGAAUCCGGCCGAUCUGGAGGGAUCAGCUCCAGUGGCUGCCGGAGGAUCAGGCAGAUUUCCCACGGGAUUAGGGGCUGUCGGCGUGGGAGGACUUGGUGCUGGUGUCGUUGGUCAAAUAAGCGGAGGAGUAAGUGCCGCUGUUGGAGCAGCCGCCGCCGAAGUGAAUCCCGCACAGCAGCAGCUGCCUAGUGGAUCGGCUGGAGGCAGUGCCUCUGUGGCAAACUCCAAGGCAGUGGCAGCAGCUGACGGCAAUCGUUCGAGUGCCAGCAGCGAAGGAUUCUGUGAGAAUGACGAUUUCGGCGGCGACACCAGCAGCAGUCACAACUACUGCCCACCUGGACAGGCGCUCGUGCCCGGCCAGAAGUCGGCCCUUACGGAAUCGGACUCCCAGAGCAGCUUCGAUGCAGUGUCGCAGCAGAGCAAGGAUGAGCCGGCAGUCGGGGGAGUGGGUGUGCCAGUGGGUGUUGAACAAGCCCUCUCCACCUCGGACACUUCGUCAGCAUCCUCGGCCUCCUCAUCCGCAUCUACGGCGUCGGGAAGCUCCAAUAGCUCCACUUCUUCCAUGCUAAUGGCUGGACAGGAGGCGACUGUUGGAGUGGGUGGUGCAGUGCAGCAAACACCUCGUCGUCUGAGCAAGGAUGAAUCCUUCAGCAGCAGCAGCGACGAGUUUAACCAAGGAGCAGUGGGUGGAUCAGCAGUUGGAGUUGGUGGUGCCGGUGGAAGCGGGUUAGUUGCAGGAGAAGCAGUGGCGGGAGGAGCGGGAGCAACAGCAGGUGGAGAUCUCACGCCAGUGCCCAGCACUUCGGCAGCCGCCAGAGCUGCCAUGGCCGCCAACUGCUCGGUGCCGGUAAUGCCCAGUGUACCUCACCUUGCAACAAGCCCAGCAGGAGGAUUGGGAGUGCUGGGACUGGGUGCUUCGGUGGACCAGCCUUGCACAUCAUCCGUGCACGCAGCCCGAGUUCUAGCCGCUGCAGUUGCCGCCUCCAGCGACAAGCCGCAUGUGUUCUCCAAUGUCCGACCGACGGAGGACGCCUGGGAUAUACUGCUGGCCAGAGCCGAGGGUCUACAUGCCCACGGUCACGGCGGGGAGGCCUGCAUACUGGCCGUACGCCUGGCCGAGCAGAUGCUGGCCAAUCCGCCCAACCUCCUCCUGGAACUGCCACCCGCACCCAAGCGGAAGGGGAAGAAACAGAACGUGAACCCCAUCUCGCAUCAGCUGACAGUCGUGGCCUCCGCCACGCUGUCCAAGUGUGCGUUCCUGUGCACCGUGCUGUCGGAGAACUCGGAGCACUACCACAUCGGCUUUCGGAUAUGCUUGUUUGCUUUGGAGAUGCCACGACCGCCGGCCAGCACCAAACCGCUGGAGGUGAAGCUGGCCAACCAAGAGGCGGACAUACUGGCUCUGCUCAAGCGUUUGCCGCUGGGAUCCGCGGAGCUGCAAGUAAUUCGAGAGCGAGCGGAGCAACUGCGAAGUGGAACCUUCAAGACACGAGGCGAAGCAUUGCUGCCGAUUAACUUGGCCACGUUUAUCUUCGACGCCCUGGUUACCUUUAGCCCCGGAGCUGGGUCUACGAUUGGCCCUGGAGUGGCUUCUUCUAGCGGCGUAGGAGGGGCAGCAAGCAAAUCCAUGGUCAACGCGGGCUCACGUUUGCUGCUUUACAAGCACAACAGCGAUGAAAACCUCGGAUUCGAUGCUGCAGUGGCAGCUCUGGGAUUGAAGGCCAACGUCUCGGAGGCAGAGCAUCCGUUGCUGUGUGAAGGUACCCGCCGGCAGCGCGGGGAUCUGGCUCUGACCUUGCUGUACCACUACAAGGACGAGCCGCGCAAGAUAGCCAAGAUCAUGGAGAAGCUGCUGGACAGGGACAUACACACGCUCCUGAACGCGCCACUCCUGCCCGCAUACUACUCGAGCAAUCCGCCGGUGAGGACGCCGAGCAAUCAGCCAACGCGCAGGGAGGAGCACGAGUACGGCGGCAGCUCCGGGUGCGCCUCGUCCAACUGUAAUCCGGUGGCCAAUCUGUGUGAGCUUCUGCCGGCGGAUUACGGCAGCGUGGGCGGAAACAGCCGGCCACACAGCUCCACAAGUGCCGAACUGGAGCUGAGCAUGUGCGCACUGAGCAUGGCCAGCAGUGGCAGCCAAUCGGGCGGAGGCCAGGGCAUUGUGCCCACACCGAAUGCGGCGGGAACUACAGGAACACCCAAUUCCAGCAGCACUACGGCCAGUGGCAGCCAGAACCCCAAUGGCAAUCCCAGUGGCAGCGGUGGAGGAGGAAACGGCGGAGGUGGCAACGGCGGUGGCGGUGGCAGCUCCAGUAGUAGCCGGAGCAAGGAGAGCCGCUACAAGGGAAAGAGGGCAUACCCCUCGAUACCCAACCAGCCGUCGGAGGCGAGUGCCCACUUCAUGUUCGAGUUGGCCAAGAAUGUGCUGACCAAGGCCGGCGGCAAUAGUUCCACAUCGCUGUUCACCCAGGCGAGCACCAGCCAGAACCACCAUGGACCGCAUCGUGCCCUUCACAUGUGCGCCUUCCAGCUGGGCCUCUAUGCCCUGGGUCUGCACAACUGUGUGAGUCCCAAUUGGCUGUCCAGGACGUACUCGUCGCACGUCUCCUGGAUCCUGGGGCAGGCGAUGGAGAUUGGAGCGCCGGCGAUCAGUUUUCUGAUCGACACUUGGGAGGCGCAUCUUACGCCCCCCGAGGCGGCUGGCAUGGCGGAUCGGGCGUCGCGUGGAUGGGACACCAACAUGGUUUAUCCGGCGGCGGAGCUGGCCCUCUCCGUUCUGCCCCAUGCAGCCGCCCUCAAUCCCAACGAGAUCCAGCGUGCGAUCCUUCAGUGCAAGGAGCAGAGCGAUCUGAUGCUGGAGCGGGCCUGUCUCACCGUGGAGACGGCUGCCAAGGGCGGCGGAGUCUACCCGGAGGUGCUGUUCCAGGUGGCACGCUAUUGGUACGAGCUGUACAUGCGGAAUACGCCGAACAACAGCGAGCACGAGCCGCACGACGACACCAUGGACCACUCGGCGGUCAGUCUGAGCGCCUUGAUCGAGUCCCAACAGCAGCACGAGCUCCAGCAGCAGCAGCAGCAACAGGCGGUGCAGCAGCAACAGCAGGUGGUGCAGCAGCAGCAGCAACAGGUGGUGCAACAACAACAGCAGCUGGGCAUGCCGAAUCCCGGGGUGCCGGGCGGAGUUGGUCCUGGACCCGGACUGGCCGUAUCCGUGCCCCCGCCGGUAGUUGGCUCUGUGCCGAAUCCGCAGGCCCAGUUUCAGCCCGUGGGCGUUGCCUCACUGGCUCCCCUCGGCCUGGCGCCGUACCCGCCGUACAGUUUCUGCCAGGGCCUGUACGCACACCACCACAACCUGAGCUAUCCUCCCGGCCAGAUGCAAAUGUACAUCUCGGCGGGACUGCCGCCGCCUCCACAAGGUUACGGCGGUUACCAGCAGGCGCCGCCCCAGCAGCCGCCCAAUCAGCAACAACAGCAGCAGGUGGUGCAACAACAAGUGCAGCAGCAGCAGCAGGUGGUGCAACAGCAGGUGCAGCAGCAGCAGCAGGUCCAGAUGGCGGGACAAGCGCCACCGGGUCAUCCAGGACAGCAAGGACAUCCGGGCCAGCCGCCGUCUGGCUUCCAGCAGCAACCACCACCGGGACCGUUCCAGGCGAUGCCACCGCAGGCCUACCAGGCAAUGCAGGCGGGUCCUCCGGGUCCGCCGAUUGGUCCGCCGCAGGGCUACUACGGCCCACCGCCGCCACCGCCUCCGAAUGGACCACCGGGCGUGGGUGUGGGAGUCGGAGUGAUGCCCAUGCGUCAGCAUCAACACCAGCACCCCGUGUACCCCUUCAUGCAGCAGGCGCCACCACCACCGCAGCAACAGCCGCCGCCUUCGCAGCCACCCGUGCGACAAAGACAACCGCAUCAGUUUACACCCACCCAGCUGCGCUAUCUGCUGGCCGCCUACAACGUGGGCAUGCUGGCCAUGGAAACACUGGCACGCCGCGUUCACGACGACCGGCCGCAGGCAAAGUACGCCCGGAAUCCCCCAUACGGCGAAGAUGUCAAAUGGCUGCUGCGGAUCAGCAAAAAGCUGGGCACCCAGUAUCUGCACCAGUUCUGCAUCUGUGCGGUCAACUCUAUUGUGAGUCCGUUCGUGCUGCACGACGUGGCCAUCGAAUCCGCCCACUAUCUGGGCAGGAACAACCACCAGCUGGUGAUGCAGCACCUACGCUCUGCGCUUACGCCGCUCGUCCAGAAGUGCCAGCAGAUGUACAUCCAGUGCAUACACCAGAAGCUGUACCACCUGACUCAGGGCGACUACGAGGAGUUUGCCAGCAUUGUGGUGGCGGCCCGCGCAGCCUUCCAGAUCACGCCCGAGGGCAGCGCCCAAUUCAAGGACUGGCUGCAGUCCAUUAAGCGAUCCAAAUCCUGCAAGAAAGAGCUGUGGACCCAGAUUAAUACGGCACUGCAGAGCAACUCCAAAUGACAAAGACUUGACUCCUGCAAUCUGAUGACGGCAGUGGCAACAGCAACAUUGGCGACGGUGGCGACAGCAGCAGCGACAACUGCCACAGCAGAGUGCAAGUCCACA